AUGGCCGCUCCUGCUAUCGAUCCAAAAGCCAAGGCUGCUCAGCGCAAGAAGGAAUUCCUUGAUGUCUGGCCAAAGCUCGAAAGCGAGCUCGUCCAACUGAUGAAGCAACAUUCAAUGCCAGAAGAUGCGACAGAGUGGUUCAGACGCAAUCUCAAUUAUAAUACUCCACAUGGGAAAUUGAACCGUGGAAUCUCUGUCGUGGAUACGUUUGAGAUCCUCCAGGGGCGUGCCUUGACUGCCGACGAAUUCUUCAAGGCGUCGGUCCUUGGAUGGUGCGUUGAACUGCUCCAGGCCUACUUCCUCGUCGCGGACGACAUGAUGGAUCAGUCCAUCACGCGUCGUGGACAAGCUUGCUGGUACCGAUUGCCCCAGGUCGGAAACAUUGCGAUCAACGAUUCGUUUAUGCUCGAAGCUGCCAUUUACCAUCUCCUCAAGCUCUACUUCCGCGAGGAAAAGAGUUAUGUGUACAUCCUCGAACUCUUCCUCGAAACUACGCUCAAGACGGAGAUUGGCCAGUUGAUCGACUUGAUCACUGCACCAGAGGAGCAUGUCGAUUUGAGCAAGUUUUCGUUGAAAAAGCACCAGCUCAUUGUGAUUUACAAGACGGCCUACUAUUCAUUCUACCUUCCGGUGGCACUCGGUAUGCGGUAUGCUGGUAUCAACUCUGAUGCCGCAUACGCGACCGCACUCUCAAUCCUCAUUCCGAUUGGCGAGUACUUCCAAGUACAAGACGACUACCUCGAUUGUUUCGGUACACCCGAGCAGAUUGGUAAAGUCGGUACGGAUAUUUUGGACAACAAAUGCAGUUGGAACGUCAAUAUUGCUCUCCAACGUGCCUCUCCUGAGCAAAGGAAGAUUCUCGAUGAAAACUAUGGACGUAAAGACUCGGCGUGCGAGGCACGCGUCAAGGCCGUCUUUAACGAGCUGAAGAUUGAAGAGCUCUAUAGGGAAUACGAGCAAAACACGUACGAGAAGCUUAAUAAGCUCAUUGAUGCGAUCCCCGAAUCGGAGGGGCCAGUAGAGUACACCUCUGGGGGCAACGCUACAUACGAACCGAUGAUGGAACCCUACCCGCGAACGAUUCCGAGUCUGGGAAAUGACAAGGAUACGAUGGGUUUGAAACGCGAGGUAUUCAGGAGCUUCCUGAACAAGAUUUACAAGAGGCAAAAGUAG